AUGGACAAACUCUCGAAAUGGAUUUUCGAUGAGAAACACUACCGCAUCUUGCUCUUGGGAGAAGACAGCUGCGGCAAGACAACCUUCCUCCGCCGCCUCAAAUUCGGCGAAAUCGGAGAGCAAGAGCCGCUACCGACGAGGGACUUGGAUAUUGAGACAGUGAAAUACCCUGCCACCUAUGAGUGGAGUAUAUGGGAGUUCCGGAUCCGUUGUGGGCCCUUAAUAUGGCGGGAGCUUGCGCCACAUACUCUGGUUGUGUGGUUGCACGAUUGCUCUACCGAGGAGUGGCCACCAUGGAGGUUUCGCAAUUUGCUCGAUCAGAUGGUGGAGAGAGGAUGUCGGUAUAUAUGGGUUGGGUUGAAUAAGCAAGAUUCGCCGGAUGUCUCGAAGGAGGUGGUUCAGAAGGCGAGACGGAAAUAUGAGGAGGAAUUGGUGAAGUAUAAGGAUGAAAUUUCGUGGAAAGUACUAACGCAUAAUCUGAGCUCGAAAGCUGGGGUCGGGGUAUUUGAAGUUCUCGAGGACAUCUACCAAACCGUGAAGAGGGUGAAUCUGGAGCCUGCGAAGGAGGACAAACGGGAUAAGAAGGGGACGGUCAUAAGCGACUCAACGGAUGAAGAUUUGACUACUGAACAGCUGCAACUUCGAAUCGGCAAGGAGAUUACUGGAGACACAUUCGACCCCGAUGCGUUCUGGACAUCUUUCUUGAACGGAGACUUGCCGGUGUGGUCUCACUACACCUAUUUGAAAGCGCUCUUUUUCGUCAUACUCGAGUCGGCGAAGACGAAAAACUUCUAUGAGAUCGCAGAGGAUUUCUUCAUUCACCUCAACCGACUUAGAAAAACAUCUCCCCAGCUAUUCAGCGACAGCGAGACACCGAGAGCCUACGUCCAUGCUCCAUUCAGCAGAUGCCUAGUCACGUUCUGGACUAUACAACUUCAACAUGGAAUCCGGGACUAUCGCAUGCACAGUAUGAGCUCAGAUCUCCCAUACCGAGAAGAGUUCCCCCAAAUUCUCCGCCACUCGCCAUCAUUGAUGAACACCUAUCUCUGGAAGAGUUAUUACUCCUUCAACCCUGUCUCCAGACCACGGGACGUCUGGUCAAUCCCGAAUUUACGGCCUCUCCCAACACAGACAGAUUAUCUCCGCGAUCCAGCGACAGUGCCUAUGAUGAACAAAGGACCAGAGAAACUCAUACGAUACGCCUUCGCUGUGAUGCAGUAUGUGCGGAACACGGGGGCGGUGCAUGAUCAAGUAGUUACCCAGGCGCUGGUAGCACUCCAGCAAGCUACCAUGCGGGCGAGGACAACUGAUUCGACGGUUGAGAUGUACUCGGAGACACAGAUGUACUUCUGGAUCCAUAUAGUCCAUGCUGCGCUGCGGUCACUGGAUGAUGAGAAGCGGUCAAUUGAUACUUCGAAGAUGUCAUUCGAGGCUUUUCAGGAGACUUUCCAUCUCAAUCCGACACGCUGGAAGGAGUACUACUCGCACAAAGUGUGGAAUAGCGUCGCUGCACGAUCGCAGUUCGUGAUGCCUGAUCUCAAGCCGCUGCCGAACAUCAUCGCAGCUCUCCCUAGCAAUGAAACUAGAAAAAUAUCAGAAGCAAUACUGGAGCUCCCAUCUGCCGAAGAGCUUACAUUCCGGGCCAAAAUGGCCUGUAAGGAAUUGACGCCAGACCUACAAAAAUCGGGCCCGCCAGUCCUCAGUCACGCUCACCUUCUUCUUUACCUUCACAAACGAUUCACACAAGAUACCGGGGAAACGUCGCGGGAGAAGCUCAGGUCUCGAGCCAGAGAGCUGUUUAGCGAGAUAGCAGGCCCGAUUGUAGCUGGGGCGACACAUCGAAACUUCUGGAUCCAGCAGGUCGGAGUCGCAGUGUCAAAUUCGAAUAUUGGUAGGGGCCACUCGACGUUCUCGGAAUUUAUUACGAGCAACCUCCACCUGGUUUUCGAGGAGCUGCAUGGUAUUUAUUAUGAACCAGAAGUCUGGAACAGCGCUGAUGCAGGGGAGAAGAUUCUCGUUCCUGACACACGAAGGAUGGAGGCGAUCAUCGACAUGGUGGACCCGAACAUGUCUGCAGAUGCAAUAUAA